AUGAGACAUUAUUUUCGAGAUUUUCUUUUACUUAUUUGCAUAUCAACAGGAAUUGCAGUGAUAAUGGAAUUUAACGAUAAAAAUAAAACAUUUAAUCAAUCUGACGAAGAAAAUGUUAUUAGUUUCUCUGAAGCAUUUGCUCAGUGUCUUGCUAAAAAAGUUCAUGAGACUUUUGAGUGUGUUAAUGAAGGCAGUUUAACUAUUUUAAGAUCAAUGAAUGAGAAAGAUAGUUUAGACUUUGGUGAGGUCAAGUUGGAAAGGUCGGAGACCCAAGCUCGUGAUUUACUAGAUCUUGACUAUGAUCCAAAAGAUUUUAAAAAUGUCAUCAAAGCGGCAGCACGAUUAAUGGAGAGAAGGAACUUAAAAUGGGACCUCAGUAAUUUAUAUCCUGGUUUACAAAUGAGAGUUGGUCCUGCAUUGAAUGGCAAUGGAAUGUUGGAGUUUAUUGUUGAUGAACGAAAUCCUACAUUCACAAAUAGACAAUUAGGACCUGGAAGAAUGCUUGUCAAGAACUUGGUGCUCCCUUUUCUUCUUGGACUUAAAUUCAGCUUGUCUUCCCUUAUCCCUUUAGUCUUUGGAGUAUUGUUGGUGAUAACAAAAAAAGCAUUGUUUCUCACUAAAAUUGCUUUAUUACUCAGUGGUCUUCUUGGGUGGAAUGCAUUCAUUUCUUCACCUAACUAUGGAGGAAUUCCUCAAGGCAUACCACCAGGAUUUUCUCAUGGAUUCAAUGAUUAUGGAUUCAACCAUCACUAUGGACAUGAUUACAAUGCUAUUCAUGAGCAUCAUCAUCCUUAUAGACCUUACAGGAAUAUUGCAAAAGAUAUAGGAGUAUAUAAUCAGCACGUUAUCAGAGAAAUUGUUGAUGUUUAUGAUUCUAGUGAUGGAAAGAAAGAGGAAAAUAGUCAUAAGAACAGUAAAAAUUUUGUUUGGAGUCGAGACUAA